CGACAGGAUGCAUCGCUUCGUUUGUUUACUGGCCACAGUCGUUGCAGCUUCGUGGAGCCUUGCAGCGGGCUCCACUUCAAGACCCAUCAUCAAGAUCACGCGUACUGCAGCGCCGUCAGUUCAGCGCGGCUACCAGGAGCAGGACACAGCGCGCGCCUUCUACUCCUACGGCUACAGCGACGAGAAUGCAGCCAGAGCGGAGUAUACCGCAUUGGAUGGCACCUCGCGUGGCUUCUACUCCUAUGUGGAUCCCAAUGGAGAGCUGCAGACGGUCAAGUACGAGGCAGGCGGUCGGGACGGUUUCAAGGCGGAGGGUACCAAUCUGCCCAAAGCACCCGUUGAUGACAAGAAGCCGCCAUUGCCAGUGAACGACACGGCUGAGGUCCAGCAGGCGCGUGAGGCCCAUCUCAAUGCCAUACGCGAAGCUCAGCAGGCAGAAAAGCAGCAGCAGCAGCAGCAGCAGGAGCAGGAGGAGCAGCAGCAGAGCGGGGAAGAGCGCCUGAGUGAUGAGGAUGCAGAUAUACUGGAACGGGUGCGGGCAGAGCUGACUUCCAUGCUGGCGGAGCGACAACGAGGUGAGGCUCAGCAGAAGAAUCAGAAAGAGGAGGCAACAGCAACAAAGGAGAACAACAGCCAGGAGGAGGAAGCAGACAGACAGCAGGAGAGGCAGCUGGAGAGACAGCGCGAGCGGGAGAGGGAGCUAGAGCGCGAGCGAGAGAGGAAACAGGAGCGCGAAAGAAAACAGAAAACAAAACAGGAGCGGGAACGCGCACAGACCCAGGCCAUUCCGCGCCCACGCGAGCAACGCCUCAAGCAGUCGAGCGAUGCCAACGAUAUGCGUCUGCGCACCGUCUACAGCUUGGAGGACCUCAGGUCCAGCAGCUACCUGAAACUGAGCGAUUUAAGCGAGGAUCGUCAGGAUGUGCGUGUGCCAGUGAGCGCCUACUACUCCUACGUCUCACCCGAUGCCAAAUACAGCGUGACCACUCCCACCGAGCUGAAAACCCUGCGACCCGUUGCACUGAGUCGCAGCCUGGUCUUGAGUAAACGGAACUAGAAUACAUAUGUAUGUGUGUGUAAGGACUUGUUGACCCUGGUGAAAUUCGGACUUUAUUUAAGCUUAGUGCUAAGAAUAAAUGCAUUCUGUGCACCAUA